UUUAUAAUUAUUAUGAACAUAUAAAUUUAUUUUUUAGAACUCUUAUUUAUUCUAUAUGUUUGUUUGAAAUUAUAUUAAUUAUAUUUGUAAACUUGAAUAAUUAAUCUUCUUGAAUUUAAUGUACUAUACUUAAAACUAUGAGUCAUCGAAAAAAGAAACAUCUUAAGAGUAAUGAAAAUGUAUAUAAGUCCUACAAACCACAGCCAACUCUUUAUUCGUCAGUUAUCCAAACAGAAAGUAAAAUAAAACAACUUUCUAUAAAAAAUGAUAAUUCAAAAUUAAAAUUAACAGCAAGUCAAGUUGGACUGAAAUCAGUAAAUUUUCCUUUAAAUGAAGAAGUGUAUGAUUACUCCAAUUUAGUUGACAUUGGAUUACAUAGUAAUCUUAAUCAAUUACCAAGACAAACAAUAAGAAAAGUAAAUAUUGAAAAAACACUUGAACCUAAACUUAGUGAUUACUACCAGCCAUGUUUUAAUAACAUUGAGCAAAUAAGAUUGAAUGAAGUUCAACCAAAUAGAGAACUAACAGUCCAAUUUGAUGGAUUAGCUAUAACUAGAGAAGCAAAUAAAAUAAACAAUUUAAUUUUCCAAUAGGUUCAAGUAUUACACACUAACUACAUUUUACUUAUAAAACAUAACAUUUUUUAAAGAUAUUUUUAAUGCUACAAACCUAAAUUUUAGUACAGUAUAUUUUAUAUUUUAGUAAAGUAUAAAAAAAUUUAAUUGAAUAAAUGUUAUGAUUUAAAUAUUUUAUUAUUCCAAAAGUGAAAAUUAGUCAAGAGAAUUUAGUUUUUAGAAUAAUGUUUGUACAAUUUUAAAUAAUUUUUAAGUGAAACCGUAAAUGUAAGUUCAUAUUUAUUCUAUAUUUGAAUCUUAAGAUAAAAUAUUUUGUUUUUAAUAUGUACUAAGCAUGUAUUUUUUAAUAACAUAUUUAUUGGAUUAAAAUGUUAUUCAAAAAUUAUUCCUUAUGGUAUGUAUAAUUAUUUCAUUUUUAAAAUUCAAUUAUUAUGUGUAUACAUUUUGUUGAUAAUUUUGUAUAGUAAUACCUAAGUUUUAUUUGAUAUUAGAUGUACAACCAGGUGUGGCAAAAAAUAAUAUAUCUUUAUGAUAAUG